AUGGAUGGUGGGGUGAACAAUGAAAUGAAUGAUGGGGUGAACAAUGGGGUGAAUAGUCAAGAUGAGUGGCACAAAGCCAACUUGAACCCAAUGGGAGAAGAUGUGCAUGGUGGGGAGGGACUUGAGACCUUGAGGGUGGAGGUGCUGAGUGACAAAGGAUCUACAUAUUAUGCCUAUGCACAUAUAUUGAUAGUGACAUUUGAUGUGAUAGCCUGGAGAAUUCCCAGGGCAAAAAUACCUAAGUCAUGGGACCAUGUUCCAGCUGCACAGUGCCCAGCAGCUCAUUCAUACUCUGUUGACUUUGCAUCACUGGGGUCACCCCAGCACCACCAUGCUGCUAGUGGGGUUCAAGACCUCAAGGAGUUCAUCUUGCCCUUCACCCCAGAUCCUCUCCUUCCCACUCACAAGGUAUUGCUGACUGAGAUGUUGAUCCUGACUCAUUAUCAUUAUCAGCUGUUGAUCCCCACUUAUCAUUAUUGUAAGUCAGAGGUACAUCUAUCAUCAUCAGGUGUUGGGCUGACUUAUCAUCACUAUCAGUUACUGCUGUUAUCAGUCCAAAGUACCCAUAUCAUCAUCAACUUUGUUCACCAUUGUCAUCAGGUAUACAUUAUCCUGUUCAUUGGCACUUGUCUCAUUCCUUACCCACUCCAUCUGGUACUGUUGUCCAAGGAGAUAUCAAAAUAA